AUGCAACCAUUGCAACGUUUCACGCGUUGGCUUGCUGCAAGCCUGAGCCCCUCCCCCCUGCCAGAAUCAUCGGAGGGGAUCGAGGGAAAGCUGUCAGAGGAUUCGCAGAGAAAUGAGGAGACGCCUGCAUCUACCGUGAGUGGAACGCCACAUAUCUCAUCAGAAGUCGUGUGUCCUCAAGGCUGUUGCAAGUCCACAAGCGCCGCAGAGCGGCCACAGAACACGCACACAAAACGUGCAAAAGUCUGGUCCGAUGAGCAAGUACAGCAGAACGCUGCUGUCCUUGCUGAGAUGGGGAUAAAGACGCGAGACUUCGCGUACGAGAGCAAGCUCCCGCCGAUACGAUCUGUGCCGUAUGUGCCAGUUCAGGUUGUACGGCCACGCGCAAGUCCGCUGAAGCGGAAGCGCGAAGUGGACGAGGGUCCUUGGGAGGAGUACGAGGGCAAGACGUACUACUUUGACACGGAGAAUGGGGGGACCACGGUUGGCUUGCGCCCCAGGAAGAAACCAAAGCUGGUGGAACGCACGCCCACGGAACCAGCGGACGUCGAGGAGCCUCCUCUCGCCGGCCCUUCUUCAAGGCCAGUACGAACGUACGGCGUCGCCGACCUCUCGCCCUUCCUUGGUCGUCGUCGACCACAAUUCCCGAACUCCGCGCAACCGUCGACGCCUCCCCGCCGCUUGCCCCCGCCGACGAGCGCUCCGCACGCCGGGCCCUCGCAGACAGCGGGAGACGCGUCCCCCUCUCAGGGGGAGUCCCAGGGCACGUCCCAGGACACGGACGCAUGGAUCCCCACGCCGCUCGUAACGCCGCAGGGGUCUCUGCACCACGGGGUUGAGGUCGAGGACAGCAGCGCCCUCCCAGCGUCGCAGCUCGACACCCCGUCCCGCCUCCCCGUCCCCGAGGCAAUGUCACUGUCGCAGCUCGGGUUCUCGCCCGACAGGUCGCCAGGGAGCGACGCGACGUACCGCGGCUCGUCGCCGUCCCCCAUCCGCGCGUUGACGUACUCGCCGACAUCGGGGACGCCCAGCGGCUCCUCCCAGCCUCCCCCCUCGCCGUCCCCCGCUCGGCGGCGCCGCGCGCCCGCCGCGGCCACUGCGCGCGGGUCGACGCGCAAGACCCGCCAGCGAGACGUCCCCGAGCCGGCCCCUGCCACACGCUCGCCGCGGUACAACCUCCGCGAGAGGACCGCACCCGUGCGCGGGAUGGCCAACGCCAAGGCUCGCGUCGCGCGUGCGAUGUCCUCGCACCAGGAGCCCGUCGGCAAGGGCGCGUCGUCACCGACGAAGGGCAAGGCGUCGCUCUCCUCCCCGUCCAAGCGAGCGCCGAAAGUCUCCCCGCCAAAAAGGACGACGAGGAAGACGGCGAAGCAGACGGUGCUCGCGUAG